AUGGCUUGCGGCACUUCUUCAAUGGCAGUGGAGUCUUAUCCCGAAGCAGAGGCAUUUGCCUCUGCUACUCCGACCCCCGACGAGAAUACCGGUAUGCUCCGUGAUCGGCGCCGACAUUCGUUCCACGCUUCUAGAAAACUCUCGUGCGACUAUCAAGAUGCAGAUGCAGUCUUUAUCAGGGUCGAACUCUUCUUGUCCGAACUGGAACGUCGAAUGCAAUGGAUCGAGCAAUACCGGAAAUCGCACAUGGUACAGGUCGAUGCCAGUUUGAAACGAGGCUAUGCUACACUGGAAGCCGUGAGAGAUCAAUGCUCCCUCGCCUCGGGAGAGUUGAUGGGAAGUGGCAAAAAGCGGGCUAAGAUUCUGGUCGAAACCCUCGAGGGUCGAUACAAUGAAGCCCUGGUGACCAAGGAGACUUUGGAGCAAAAGGCGCAAGCCGGUGUGCGGUUAAUGGAGUCGUUCUUGGUCGAACUGGAGAAUAAAGUGCAUGCGGUUCGCGAUCGCGGCAUCUACGGCACCAUCGAUGACGGGUGGAAAGCGAUGGACUCGGGGUUGGUUCAUGCCCGGGAAAUCGUUGACGAGGGUAUGGAACGUGCCCGCCGAACUCGUGAUACUCUGCGAGAUACUGUCGAAGAAGCUAUCCGACUAGCGCAAGAGAAGCGAUUGAUUAACUACGAUGAACUGCCUCAUCCAUGGCGCGUCAACCCGCACAUCAUCAAUGGCUACCGAUUCACCACUUCCAAGUUGGAAUGUGUCUCGUCGGUCUUCGCUUAUUCGAAUGAAAUGUUCAACAUAUGGUCCCAUAUGAUUGGCCUCGUCAUCGUCCUAGCCAUCGCCUUUUACUUCUACCCGCUUCACACCAAUUUCCACCUGAGCUCCAAGUCUGACGUCACAAUCGCUGCCGUUUUCUUCUUUGCUGCAUGCAAAUGUCUAGUCUGCAGCACUAUUUGGCAUACUAUGAACAGCAUUGCUUCGCAGUCAUUGAUGGAACGAUUCGCUUGUGUGGACUACACUGGAAUCUCUAUGCUGGUCGCUGCCUCGAUUGUGACGACCGAAUACACUGCUUUCUAUUGCGAGCCCUUUUCCCGGUGGACAUACAUUCUGCUUACCAUGUCACUGGGCAUCGGUGGUAUCAUUCUACCGUGGCACCCAACCUUCAACCGCCACGAUAUGGCCUGGGCCCGCGUGGGCUUCUACGUGACCCUUGCACUCACUGGCUUCUCGCCCAUAGCUCAGCUCACUUAUACACGUGGCUUCUCAUGGACCAUGUAUUUCUAUGCACCAGUCGUGAAGAGUAUCAUGGUGUAUUUCUUUGGUGCCCUUAUUUACGCCUCCAAGAUUCCCGAGCGCUGGAAGCCAGGUCUUUUCGAUUACGUCGGUGGCAGUCACAAUAUCUGGCACUUGGCUGUCCUGGGCGGUAUCUUAUUCCACUACCACGCCAUGCAGGACUUGUUUGCAGGAGCCUUCCAACGAGCCCAGGGCGAGUGUCCGAAUAUGAAGAUAUGA